GUUGACAGGAACAACAUCACAGCCCUGAACACACAUUAUUUAUGGUGAAGCAUUACCUCACUUUUAAAAAAGCCCCCGUUUAUUGUACCAGCGGCUGGCAGCGUGUUUACUAGACCAGGUUCACAACAUCGACAUGUACGGUCUGUGACAUUCAGCAUGCUGGCCUUUUGCACUGUUCGCACCGGUUGAAGACAACUUGAGAGGCUGCUGUAUUAGUCAGAGCUCGAACCCAAGGCAGGGAAGAGAUGGGGAAUACAGCAACCAAGUUCCGCAAGGCUCUCAUCAAUGGGGACGAGCUGCUGGCCUGCCAGUUGUAUGAUAGCAACCCACAGUUCAAGGAUGCUCUGGAUCCUAACGCUACAUAUGGAGAGCCCUACCAGCACAACACUCCACUGCACUAUGCUGCACGGCACGCCAUGGCGCGCCUACUCAGGUCUUUUCUCUUAAGUAAAGACGGGAACCCUAACAAGCGUAAUGUGCACAACGAGACAUCCUUGCACCUUCUCUGCAUGGGGCCCCAGAUCCUGACCUCGGAGGGGGCGCUGCACCCCCGGAUCUCAAGGCCGUACGAGGAUGAGCAGCGUCGGGCAGAGUGCCUCCAAAUCAUCCUGACGUGGACUGGAGCAAAGCUGGACCAGGGAGAGUAUGAGAGUGCUGAUGUCAAUGCCACAGACAACAAGAAGAACACCUGCCUGCACUACGCUGCUGCCUCCGGCAUGAAGACCUGUGUUGAGUUGCUGGUGCAAAGAGAUGGGGACCUGUUUGCAGAGAACGAAAACCGUGAGACUCCAUGUGACUGUGCGGAGAAGCAGCACCACAAGGAGCUGGCCCUCAGCCUGGAGUCGCAGAUGGUCUUCUCCCUCGCUCCUGAGGCAGAGGGUAUAGAGGCAGAGUACGCUGCCCUUGACCGACGAGAGCUAUAUGAGGGCCUGAGGCCUCAGGAGCUGCGGAGGCUGAAGGACAUGCUGAUAGUGGAAACGGCUGACAUGCUGCAGGCUCCGCUCUUCACUGCAGAGGCGCUGCUACGAGCCCAUGACUGGGACAGGGAGAAGCUUCUAGAGGCCUGGAUGACCAAUGCAGAGGAAUGCUGCCAGCGCUCAGGGGUCCAGAUGCCCAAUCCGCCACCCAGUGGUUACAAUGCCUGGGACACCCUGCCCUCGCCCCGGACGCCACGCACCACCCGCUCCUCCAUCACCUCCCCAGACCAAAUCAGCCUCACCCCGGCUGAUGAGGAUUCUGCUCUAUGUGGUAUCUGCUUAUCUUCCAUCUCGGUCUUUGAGGAACCUGUUGACAUGUCCUGUGGCCACGAGUUCUGCAGAGCAUGCUGGGAAGGGUUUCUGAAUCUGAAGAUCCAGGAGGGUGAAGCUCACAACAUUUUCUGCCCAGCCUUCGACUGCUUCCAGCUGGUGCCGGUGGAAGUCAUAGAGAGCGUGGUGUCCAGGGAGAUGGAUAGGCGCUACCUCCAGUUUGACAUCAAGGCAUUUGUGGAGAACAAUCCGGCCAUCCGCUGGUGUCCUCAGGCGGGUUGUGAAAGGGCAGUGCGACUGAACACUCAGGGCCCUGGGUCCACCACCUCUGACCCCCUUAGCUUCCCCCUCCUCAGGGCACCUGCUGUGGACUGUGGCAAGGGCCACCUCUUCUGUUGGGAAUGUCAAGGAGAAGCCCAUGAGCCCUGUGACUGUGAGACCUGGAAGAUGUGGCUACAGAAAGUCACUGAGAUGAGACCUGAGGAAUUGGCUGGUGUGAGCGAGGCUUACGAGGAUGCAGCCAACUGCCUGUGGCUGCUCACGAACUCCAAACCCUGCGCCAACUGCAAGUCCCCAAUACAGAAAAACGAGGGCUGCAACCACAUGCAGUGUGCUAAGUGUAAGUAUGACUUCUGCUGGAUCUGUCUGGAGGAGUGGAAAAAGCACAGCUCGUCAACAGGAGGCUACUACCGCUGCACCCGCUAUGAGGUCAUCCAACAGGUGGAAGAGCAGUCUAAGGAGAUGACUGUGGAGGCAGAGAAGAAGCACAAGAGCUUUCAGGAACUCGACCGUUUUAUGCACUACUACACACGCUUCAAGAACCAUGAGCACAGCUAUCAGCUGGAGCAGCGCCUGUUGAAAACAGCCAAAGAGAAGAUGGAGCAGCUCAGCCGGGCCUUGAGUGGAAGGGAAGGAGGCCCACCCGACACUACAUUCAUAGAAGACGCAGUCCUGGAGCUGCUAAAAACUCGCCGCAUCCUGAAGUGCUCUUAUCCUUACGGGUUCUUUCUGGAGCCUAAAAGCACAAAGAAAGAGAUCUACGAGCUUAUGCAGACGGACCUGGAGAUGGUGACUGAAGACCUAGCACAAAAAGUGAACCGGCCUUACCUGCGGACUCCGCGCCAUAAGAUAAUCCGUGCAGCGUGCUUGGUCCAGCAGAAGAGACAGGAGUUCCUGGCCUCAGUAGCGAGGGGAGUGGCCCCCAAUGACUCUCCUGAGGCCCCUAGGCGCAGUUUUGCUGGCGGAACGUGGGACUGGGAAUAUUUAGGCUUUGCGUCACCUGAGGAGUAUGCUGAGUUCCAGUACAGACGGAGACACAGGCAGCGGCGGCGAGGUGACAUGUCUAGUCUUCGUAGUAACACUCCCGACCCAGAUGACCCCAGCGACAGCACUUUAGAUGCUCAGGAUGUUGGAGGUGGACACAGACAAGGCCCUUUGACGGGUCUUGGUUCUUUGGAUGACGAUGACCCAAACAUUCUCCUGGCCAUCCAGCUGUCACUCCAGGACUCUGGGAUGGCAGGGGGUAAUGCCAACCAUGAAUUCAUUGCAAAUGAAGCAUCACUUGGUGCUAUUGGCACCUCCCUGCCCUCUAGGCUUGAACAGAGCGCUCCAAGUGUGGAGGUUCUCCACAGAGCUUCCCUGAGCAGUUCAGAACUGCUAGAUUUGGGAGAUAGCUUGGCAAGGCUUGGCAACAUCAACAUCACCAGCCAGUACUCUGCUGUCACCGUUACCACCUCGGUCACCACUCAGCACAGUGAAAGUCACCACCGGAUCUACGGCGGCGCCGUGCCCAUUCCGGUGGCUCCAGGUGGCAGCAACUCAUCGACCGGUCUUUUUUCCUCCAGUGACACGAUAGACUCAACCACAUGUGGCAGCCACGACCAGUCCUCGUCCUCUGCUGCAGCAGCAAACGCUAACCUGCUGGGCAACAUCAUGGCUUGGUUCCACGACAUGAACCCUCAAGGUAUCACUCUGGUCCCGUCCACCUCCACCUCCACUGACGUGGACACGCUCCACACCACUGGAGGAGGGUGCACGCAGGAGGAGGAGAAAGCAGUUGUCCUCUCUGAAAACACAAAGCCUCAGGAAGGGAUGGCUGAUGUGGGGUUUUGCCCUCAGAGACUGAGUGAAGCAGAGGAGAAGGAGCCUGCUGUCACCGAGAGGCCGACCCACUUAGAUCUAGUAGGGCUGGACUACAUGGCCACUGUUGAUACAAGCGGCAGCCAUGUUGAGCGGGAAGGUGCAAAAGUCUGCCACAUCGACACUCCAAGAUGCGACUCUGUGUCUGACCAGCUGCCCAGCACCAGCUCCUCUGAGUGGGAGGAGCAAGUGCACUUGGUGUGAUCUGAUUGGUUGAGAGAGGAAGGAACUUUUUUUAUCUUUUUUUUUUUUCUUGGAAGGCCAAAAACCACUCUGGAUUGCAAAGUUGAACUGAUAUGUAUAACCUCGACCUGUUCCUUAAGUAGUAGUUUCUUGACUCAGAUGGAAUGUAUACAUGGAUGAAGAAUGUGUCCCAUGUUGGUCGCUGGUUGGAAAGAGUGGGAAGAAGUAAGAAUGCUCUUGGCUUUAGUGCAGAGUGUUAGCCUGUAUUGUUGCAAUCAGGUAAGUCCUUCCCCCACACCGACCCCCAGACAGACUGAUGGCUAGGAGAUUUCAAUCCUGGAAAGCAAGCUCCAGCUGAAGGAGAGAUUAGAUUUGAUUAGAAUUAAAAAAAAAAAAAAAAAAAAAAAAAAAAAUCCUAAAAUGGAUUGUGUGCUGAUAUAAGUAUGAACAAGUUGCUUUUUUCUGACAUGUUAUAGAAGAGAUAAGUAAUUUAGAGAAUUAAGCCUAGUACAUAUGCAGGCAUUUAAUUUUUCCACUGGAAUAAAAGCCUACUGUAAUGUGUUUGGAUCAGGUUGGAGGGAGGUUUUUCAACUGUACAUAGUGAGCAGAGUAAUAUUUUAUUCCAAUAUACAAUUAUUAGAGUACGGUCUGAGAAAUAUUUUUCACUCCUGUUCACAUUUGCCUCUGUUAUGGGUGCCAAUUAAUGACAAGGAAAAGCACAGUUUGCCAUCACCAAGUGGAUUCUUCAAAGCAAAUUGUGCCUCAUUGCUACAAUCUCAUCAACCCAGCUAGAAUUCAAUGUGAAGAUCUCAGUCAGAGAGCCAUAUGUCAUUUGAGAUUCCAGCUAAGUGAUAUUCUCAAAUCUCAGUAUCUAAAAUCUGUAGUGUGUUGUAUAAACCUGUAGUUAUGUGGUCUUUAAUGUGUAAAGACCACAGGGGUUGUGAACUUAAAGGACCAUAUAAGUGUUUUUGCAUGUUGUAACACAUUUAUGACUCAGAAUAACAUUCAUCUGAGUACUGUAAUUUAGUUUCAUGCCCACACUGAUUUGGUAUGUCUACACAUUUUGUUGUACGUUCAUGCUCAUAAGAAUCUCUGACAUCCAAGACUUGAAAGUCUGAAUCUAGACAGCAUAGCAUUUACAUUGAAUUCAGUCAUAAAAUCAAACAGGAAACAGGAACGAUGAGCCAACGUGGACAUUGUGGACAUUGUGGACAAAGGACUGUGGAUUUGACCGCUUUUUGCUUCGCUAACUAUCCUAACCCUUCUUGGUUUUCCAAUCAAUCCAACAACACUAAAUGCUCAUAAGUCUCCUUUUUAUUUUAUUUAGAAAUGUGGCCAGGAUAUAGUCCCUUUAAAAAACAAAACAAAACAAAACAAAACAAAACAAACAAAAAAAAAACAAAACAAACAGAUAGUGUUAUUGUAUUUUAAUAGUGAAAUAGGUCAGGAUUAUGGUAGUUUUCUCUUGAGAACUACUGGGGACGUUUCAGCUGUGAAUGCUGGUUAAACUCUGUGUGUUGUUGGAGAAACUGUGCACUUGAGUAAUACACUUCCAUGCAGUCAGUAUGCCUGGAGUAAAAGCUAGAUGGACUAUAUUUAUACAGCACUUCUUGAGUCUACCGACCACUCCAUGCUUUAAAAUCUUUGCCUCACAUUCACACACUGAUGGGAGAGGCUGCCGUGCAAGGUGCCAAACUGCCCAUCAGAGGCAAUGAGGGGCUCCAUGUCUUGCUCAAGGACACUUGAGCAAGACGCUCAUGAUUACUAGACGACCGCUCUACCUCCUGUGCCACGGCAACCCAGGAUUAGAGGCGAAUAUGUUUUAAGUAAUGCAGAGCAACAACAACAACAAAAAAGUGUCACUAGCAGCUUCAGAAUAUAAAUCUAUAAAGUUUUAGGACUGCACACAUUGGGAACAUCUCGUUCUUUCCGCCCACAGUUAAGCCAUAUCUCCUACAGAGGCCUCCAGUUGUUAUGAACAUAUUGCAGAGAACUGGAAUCAAGUCAUGGGUUAGGUUUCAGCAAUCUAAAAAAAGCAUGGCAUACUUUAGAAAACAAGUGAUAGUAAUGUAAAGCAUUUGUACAGACAGUGCAGCAAAUGGACUACAACAUGCAGAAACACCAAUCUGGUCCUUUAUGGGUGAUGGGAAAUGUUCACGCUCAAAGUAAUUUGGAUUAAUUAUUCAGAUGAAAGUGGGCUGCCUGCUUAAAAACAUUUCAAAACGGACUUGACAAUGGUUAUUCAUCUCAAGGCCUAAAUCCUAAGACCCUCUUCUUGGGAAAAGUCUUGUGAGCUUCAAAAGCAGCUCGAGCUGACACGCGCUGCAGUCUGUAUCAGGGCUGCAGAAUAUCUUUUCAUUUCACACCUUUGUAACAUCAUACUAUGAAUUCCAUUGUAGCCUGUCUUGAAUUAAUGUUUUAGUACUGUAGCUGAAUGUGGAGCAUGUCCAAAAUGUAAGACAUAAUAAAUGGAAAGUGAGUAGUUGUGCUGUUGAUGAAAAUGCAGGAAGGGCCAGCAGGAGAGAUAAUCAGCCGAUCACAUUCAGUCUUGUAAAUUAAUUAAUCAAGCCCAGGUUGCUGUAAUUUGUCACUGGAUUCUUUGAAACUGUAAUUUAGGCGAAGCCUUCGUAGAGCUCUGCAGUAUAACGCAUGGGAAAAAAAAAAAACAUGAAUGUGUAUUGCAUCUCAGACACAUGGGGAGUCCAUGUCUUUGAAACGGUUCUCUACGCAAUUCAUUACAGUGCCUUGAUGUCAAUCACCGUUAUUUAAUUUUUUGACACAUUUCUUCUGAGUGCUUAUUACACAGUAUUUACUAACGGUGUAUACAAAAUAAACACCUGUUACCUUAAAGAGUUCUCUCAUAUAACGAACAACAGCGUGCAAACAAGACCUUAUGAUUUUUUUUUUUCUGUGUGUGUGUGUGUGUGUUUUUCCAUCUAAAUAUCUGUAGUCUCUUAUGGUCCAACAAGAAGAUUGUUUUUUUUUUUUUAUAACACUGAUUUGAUAUGACUUGUUAUCAUGGGCAACUGUAAGUUUAUGUCAUACUUGGAAAUCGAAUUUCCAAAUAUAUAUAGAAAAGGUUUAAUUUAUCUAAUUUUUGUGCAGUAGGGCUUCUUGAAUUUACUCCUUUUGAUACAGUACAUUGGUUUAGCAGUGGUUUGGAAACUAAUCACAUUGUAUCGACUGGAAUGGGCUGACUUAUUGUAGCUGCAGACACUAAAAUGGAGGAAACUCAAUAUAAGGUAGGUAUUUAUUUGAAAUCAAAAACAUGGUUCAUAAAAGAAAAUGGACACUGAAUAACCAAUUUGAAGUCAAAUGUAUUACUGUCUUCAAAGUAUGUGGCGUAUAAGUAAGGUUGGUAUUUUAUAAUUUCGUCUCAUUUUUUUUUUUUCCAGACUCAUGUCUAACUUCUGAAGUAAGUUUUAACCUUUUUACUCUAGCAGACUCAUAGAGCCACAUUAAAUCUAAAUGUAUUGAUUGCUUUGAAAUGUGUCUUGAAGUUGUGAAACUGUGAGUGCCAUAUGGUUAGUGGAGCUAACUUUGUUGGACAUGAGUAAUGUAAAUGGAUUCAGCAGAAGAGUUAACAUUUUUUGUCCUUUUUCUGUAACAGUAUGCUGUGCAUGAAAUUGGUACAAAUCUAAAUGGAAUUUGUAUUUUCCUUUGUAUUUCACUUCCGAUGUCCAGGUGAUUUAUUUUAAAAUGGCAAACAUUUUGUAACGCAUUGAGAUUUUCUAUUGUAAAGCAACUAAUCCUUGAAAUGCUAUUUGCACUUUCAUAGUCUAUACUUGAUACAUUCCCUCUUUAUAUGAAAGAAAAAUGUUUGAUGUGUGACUCCAAUAAACUAUGUGUUGAGUUUUA